AUCCUUUGAUCUCUUGCUUUAGAUGUCUUGAUUUUAGUGUUGUCUGUGGUAUCUGCCAUGGCUACUGUCAUGCCUGAAGAAAACAGAGCCUGUAAUUCUAGAGGAAGACCAGGAGAAACGGGGGCCCCAGGUGCACCAGGGCCUAGGGGCUUAAAAGGAUUCACAGGUAUUCCAGGAAGACCAGGGCCAGCAGGGCCUCCUGGAGACGCUGAGAAGUGCUCUGUCCACCCAAAGCCUGCCUUUGCAGUGAAGCUGAGUGAUCCGCUCCCAGAACCUCUUCAACCCAUUGUCUUUAAGGACAUCAUUCAUAACCAUCAGAACCUCUUCAACAUCACUACAGGGCUGUUCUCCUGCCAAAACUCUGGUGUCUACGUCUUUGGCUUUGACAUUGAACUGUUCCAGCACCCUGUGAAGUUAAGGCUCAUGAAGAAUAACGCCCAAGUCCUGGAGAAGGAAGCCAAGGCCAAGAACAGUUUCCGGCACAUUUCGGAAACUGCCAUCCUGGAGCUGACAACAGGGGACAGGGUCUGGUUGGAAUCCAAGCUAGACACAGUAGAGCCUGGGAAAGGAUUGAUCCAAAGUGUGUUCUUUGGAUAUUUGCUCUAAGGACAUUAAAAUAGCUAGAAAACAUACUACAUGUAAGUUUCUCGGGAGAGUUUAGCAAUCAAAGAGAAAUAAUGCCCCCCUAUCUCCUGUGUAUUUUCCCUCAGGACCCGUAAAUGAGAACUAUUAAGACUAGCCCAGUUAAGCCAUGUGAAUGUAACACCCAAAAUAAUAAAGAUAAAAAUGUUGUGAA